CAUCCUCCACUCAUUCCACCGGUGGCUCAUUUCUCUCUCUCUCUCUCUCACAUACACACACACAAACGAUCUCCACGAAUCAGUAAUGAAAUCUACCAACAGCAAAGUAAACCUCCUCGAUGGCCAAUCAUCAAAGUCAAUACCCAAUAAAACCCAAACGCCUCUGAUCGUCAUCUUUUUAAUCUCUUUAUUCAUCCUUCUAGCACUGGUAAUAGGUGCAUUAAGCGCAACUAUAUUCGUAAAGAAGUCGAAUCUGUUCAACCCGGCCGAGUCAAUCCGAUACAUCUGCUCUGUAACUCCGUACAGACACGCAUGCUUCAAAACCCUAUACUCCAUAGCCCAAAAAACCACCACUCCGAUCCAAUCCGACCCACACCAAAUCUUCACCCUAUUUCUGCAAUUGGCCAUUCAAGAACUCACCAGCCUCACUUCCCUCCCCAAAAACCUAAUCUCGAAGACGACCAACGAUCCGAGAACCGAGUCGGCGUUCCGCGAUUGCAUGAGUCUCGGCAACCUCGCGCUGAGUCAACUCAACAGGUCUUUGGCAUCGAUAAACGUUGACACAGGAUUGGCCGAAGAAAAGAUCAACGACGUGACGGUGUGGAUCAACGGUGCAGAGGCCAAUCAACAGAAUUGUUUAUAUGAGUUGCAGGGGGUGGAUCUAAUGGCAACCUAUGAGGUUAGCGUGAGGUUGCAGAGGUCGAUGCAGUACACGAGCAACAGCUUAGCAAUUCUCGUUAAUAAGGAGACUAUUCUUGACAAGUUUAAUCCUCUAAAACAGUUGUUUAAGUCGGGUUUAGAGUAUAUGUUUAGUGUAUUUGUUUUUGGGUCACGGUAUUUGGUUUUAAUUUUUCUAUUUUGUUUGCUGUUACGCAUUUAACUUAAUAAUGCAAGUGCACAUUUUCUUCUCUAUCUUGGCAACUUUUAUUUCAAGGGUUGUAUGCCGGUCUGUCAAUCGUAUUGGUUGUGAAGAAUUUAUAUUGAAUUUGAAUGAUUUCAUGUCAAAAAGUAUU